AUGGCACUUCAACUUGUGUGCCGGUUCUUGGACAAGUAUAUUGCCAAUCCUGACUCGGCUGGCCAACAUCUUCAGUACGUCGGAGGUCCAGGCGGUCAGCAACAUCACCUCCAGGUUACCGGUACAUCAGGCAGUGCUGCUGCCCAGAUCGGCGGCACGACACUCCACUCGGCCUUGGGACUAGACACCCACCGUUCUCACAACAAACAAAAGCCUCCGAUGUUCUCGGAAGCGAAGAAAUGGAUGUGGAAGCAGAAACUGGUCCUCGUAGUCGACGAAGUGAGCAUGCUCGGGGGAGCCACUCUAUUCAACGCCAGCUGCCACCUCCAGGCUCUCCUUGACUGUGCCGAUAAGCCAUUUGGAGGCAUUCCCGUUGUUCUCUUGAUGGGUGAUUUCUAUCAGUUCGCCCCUGUGCUCGAGACAAGUCUCCUGGUGGACCGGAUGGUGGAUCUCGCUUACACGGCGUUCUUGGGACAAGCGACCAUCGCUCACCACCGUGGCCACAGUCUGUGGCUGUUGUUCAAGACAGUUAUCCUCCUUGAAGAGCAAGUCCGCGCGCGAGACGAUCCUCAGCUAGGCGCCCUUUUGGACAGAGUACGGGCUGGAACCCAGACCGUGGAGGACCUUGACCUACUCAACACCAAGCUCGUGGACCGCUCCCAAAUCACCUUCAAGGAUGGCUUGCGCGCCAUAACACCGCUCAACCGCAACCGAUGGAGCCUCAACAUGGAAGCCGUGGUAGACUGGGCCCGCUUUCACAGGAGACAUAUCUCGGUCUUCGUCUCAACCCACACCUGGCGCAGUCGAGCCUUAUCCCAGCAGGAGGUGGCCCAGACCAUGGAACAAGGCGACAACUCCAACUGUAAGAUCCCUGGAGUCUUCUUCUACGCCCAGGGGAUGCCUGUAGUGGUCAACAAAAAUACAUACACCGGCUUAAAAGUUGUGAAUGGGGCAGAGUUUGCGGCUGCGGACAUCAUUCCCGAUCCGAAAUCCCCGGGCUACCAUCUUGCGGACGACGUUACCAUCCAUUUUGGUCCGCCACUGGGCAUCUUGUUAGAGUCGCAAGAAACAAAGGAUUUAGCGAUCCCAGCCCUCCCAACCGGCACCGUGCUCAUCCGGCCUACCACGCAUACCCUAGAUCCAGCCAACUCACACUACAAGUUCCUAUCCGGGAAAUGCGCUCGGCGAGGGCUGCCAGUUGUCCCAGCCUUUGUCCUCACUGACUAUAAAUCCCAGGGCAAGACGUUUGAGGACGUGCUCUUGGAGCUGCGAGGAAACCGUAUGAUGAAUGGUCAGCCUUCGAAAUGCGACUUUACCAGCCUCUAUGUACAACUAUCCAGGUGCAGAACACUACAAGGCAUCAAGCUUCUUAGUCCCCCAGACCAAGGCAUAAUUGAUGCCAUGCAGAGGUUGACGGAUCUAGCAGCAGAAACAAGACGAUUAUUUGAAAGUCAGCAAAUCCUCGUGUAG